GGGCUGAGCAGCGCAAUCUCUGGGCCUGAGCUGUGAAGGUCUGACUUUACUACGACUGGAUGUGUUUGAUAAACUCACAGAUGGUUCUGUAAAGAUCUGCUCUUCAAUGAAUCCCCAAAAACACAAUCUGUGACAGAAGAAAAUGAGGAAAGAAGUGAAGGCAGUCAUGAAGGUCCAGAAGAGAUGGAGCUGCUUUGUGUUCUUUCUACUCCACAUGACACACGUCGCCUGGACACAGACUUUUGCUGUCAUUGGACCUUCUACUGACAUUUUUGCUCUUCUUGGUGAAGAUGCCACCCUGCCUGCCUCACUCUCACCACCACUCAGUGCUCAAGAGUUUGAGGUGAGAUGGUUUCGAAAUGACUUCUACUCUCCAGUACUUUUAUACCAGAAUCUUCAAAUUAGACCUGAGAGUCAGUUGCAGGCCUAUAAGGGGAGGACUUCACUUUUCCCAGAAGAGCUCAUGAGUGGAAACGUGUCUCUGAGACUCCAGGAUGUCCGUGUGUCUGACGGCGGUCUCUACAGAUGUUUUGUGGACUCUCGACUAUGGGAUGAUGAGGCUCGCAUCACUUUGAAUGUUGAAGUUGUUGGCACUCAGCCUUCCUUUUCCAUCAGCACUGCAGAGGACCAGCAGACCAGACUGGAGUGCAGCUCUGAGAAGUGGAGCUCUCGACCUGAAGUCACCUGGAGAGACAUGAAUGGCGUAGACAUGACGUCACAGUCCACCUUAACAGUACAACGGGAUGAUGAGGGUCUCCUAAGGGUCAGCAGCGUCAUUCCUAUUAAGUGGGAGUUCAACGUGUUCUCCUGUCUGAUGAGAAGCAACACAACCAGACCGGCCUACCAGUCCAAAAUGGGGGUCUAUGUUUUCUCCACAAACGUCUCUGGCUGGUCGGUGGUUUUCUGGUUAUCAAUGGCUCUUUGUGUCAUAGUGACUGUGCUGCUCAUAUUGAAAUGGCGAAGAAUGAGAGAUAAAAAAGCAACAUACAAGACCAAAGCAGUUGACAUUCUCCCUGUCUGGAACUUGCGCAAGGAGAUCGAGAUGGCACAGCAUCCAGCGUUGACUCUGAAGUUUUCUAAAGUUAUUAAUGGAUUCUCUCAUGAAGAUCUCCUCAAGAUCACAGAGUACUACAAGCCUCAGCUGGCCUACGUGAUGAACUUCGACAUCAGCAGCGUCCUGCAGCUCCUGGUCACCAAGCGCAUCCUCACCAAUGAUGAAGUAAAGGUGGUCAAACUCAAAGAAGAGUCUGAGGGGACACCUGGUGUGGAGUCCUUCAUUGGUGAGGUGAUAAAGAAGGACAGAGCAAUGUUGGUCAGCCUGUGGGAGGCGCUGGCUGAAGAAUUUGUGAGAUGUCCAUCACCGAACCUGAAAGGAAUCCUGGAUGAGGUGACCGAGUGGGGACCGGACCUCUUGAAGGAGAUCCAGGCCAGUGCCCAGUCACCUCCCCUUGAGCCUCAUAUUAAAGACCUCCAUGAGACACACAGACUCACCAUGUCUGAAUCCACAAGACCCCUGGAUGAUCAGCGUCCAUCUGGAGAUCCACUCACUAGCAUGGUGGGGCUUGAGACUCAAUACACAGAGCUGAUGGUCAUCAAACAGGACAUUAAAGAUGAACUAAUGAAGGCUGGGAAGACUCAGGAAAGACUUGAGGAAGAGGGAGCAACAAAGAACUGUGAGCGAAUCUGGACUGAACAUCUUUUUAAGAGAAGACGUCAAAGUAAACCCCCCCCCAAACUCAUAGUGGUCAGUGGGGUGGCGAGCAUCGGGAAGACCACCUUGGUCCAGAAGAUCAUGUCUGACUGGGCCAGAGGCACUCAGUACCAGAGGUUUGUGUUUGUCUUCCUGUUUAAAUUCAGGGAGCUCAACCUCCUGGACAACGAGACACAGAUGUCUCUGACUGCACUGAUUGUAAGGCACUAUAAACAUCUCACUCAUGACAAACUAAUGGAAAUCCUGCAGAAACCUGAAUCUCUGCUUUUCAUACUUGAUGGACUGGAGGAAUACAAACACAAACUGGACUUCACAGACAGUCAACUCUGCUCAGACCCAGAUGAUGAGGUGCCUGUCCACAUCCUGGUCACCAGUCUGGUCAGUCAGACAUUACUGAAGGGCUGCUCAGUCCUGAUAACAAGCAGACCAACAGCUCUGGGGUCUCUGGACAUGAAGAGAGUUGAUGGAUUUGUAGAAGUUGUAGGAUUCUUCCCUGAACAAAGACUGAUGUACUUUAAGAAGUUCUUUGGUGAUGCUGAUGUGGGCACCAAGGGUUUUCAGUGCAUGGAGGGUAACACCAUCUUAUACUCCAUGUGCAUCAGCCCCUCGUACAGCUGGAUUAUCUGCUCUGCACUGAAGAGUCACCUCAUGACACCUGAAGAAGAGCGAUGGGCUGCCCCCAGAACUGUCACUGAGAUCUUUAUGAUGUUCCUUCACAAUAUUCUGACCAAUCACAGGCAAGAAGAUGAGGACCAAAGGAGGAUUCUGAUCAGUCUGGGAAAGAUGGCUUAUUAUGGGGUGGAGAAUAGUAAACAUGUGUUUAACGAAAAGCAGGAGAUGUCCACCUUUGGUCUCCAGCCAGUCCUGUCCUCUUCGUUCCUCUCUGGGUUUCUGCACAGACAAAGCACUCAGGAGCACACGACGUACACCUUCUACCAGUUCACCUUGCAGGAGUUCAUGGCCGCCUGCUCCUUCUACCUUGAUCCAUCAGGGGGUGUCGAGGAGCUGCUGAAGAAGCGAGACUCGUGUAAAGGGGACCGAUUUGAGAUUGUCACUCGAUUCCUGGCAGGACUGGCUUGGUGUCCUGUGAUUAAAACAGUGGAGGGAAUCCUGGGGGAGUUUGAGGGGACAACCAUACAGCGGAUACAGGAGUGGGUGAGGCAGAAAGCUAAACAGGCGCUACGAGGGGGAGGUCAAAGUGAAGCUCUGCGAGUUUGUCACUGGCUUUAUGAGACUCAGAAUGAGGUGGUAAUCAGAGACGCCACUGGGAAGGACUUAGAGAUGGAUUUUAGAUGGUUGACUUUAUCUCCUCUGGACUGUGCUGUGCUGUCCUCUGUCAUCAGCUGCUGUGGAGAACUUAAGAAACUUGACCUGUCAUACACACCUCGGACCCCCGAGUGCAUCAGGAGACUAGUAGAGGGGCUCAGCUGCUGCAAUAAAGUCUGGUUGUGGUCUUGUGGUCUCACCUCGGCCUGCUGCUCAGCUCUCUCCUCGGUCCUCUCGUCUCCAAACUCACGGCUGACUGAACUGGUGCUGAACAACAACAACCUGGGAGAUUCAGGGGCUCGUCAGCUGAGUGAGGGGCUCAGGAGUGACAACUGUAAAUUAGAGACACUGUGGUUGGUCUCUUGUGGUCUCACCUCGGCCUGCUGCUCAGCUCUCUCCUCGGUCCUCUCAUCUCCAAACUCACAGCUGACUGAACUGGAGCUAAACAACAACAACAACCUGGGAGAUUCAGGGGCUCGUCAGCUGAGUGAGGGGCUCAGGAGUGACAACUGUGAAUUAGAGACACUGGGGUUGGGGUCUUGUGGUCUCACCUCGUCCUGCUGCUCAGCUCUCUCCUUGGUCCUCUCGUCUCCAAACUCACAGCUGACUGAACUGGAGCUGAACAACAACAACCUGGGAGAUUCAGGGGCUCGUCAGCUGAGUGAGGGGCUCAGGAGUGACAACUGUAAAUUAGAGACACUGGGGUUGGGGUCUUGUGGUCUCACCUCGUCCUGCUGCUCAGCUCUCUCCUCGGUCCUCUCGUCUCCAAACUCACAGCUGACUGUACUGGAGCUGAACAACAACAACCUGAGAGAUUCAGGGGCUCGUCAGCUGAGUGAGGGGCUCAGGAGUGACAACUGUAAAUUAGAGAAACUGUGGUUGGUCUUAUGUGGUGUCACCUUGUCCUGCUGCUCAGCUCUCUCCUCGGUCCUCUCAUCUCCAAACUCACAGCUGACAUAUCUGAACCUGAACUUCAACAACCUGGGAGAUUCAGGGGCUCGUCAGCUGAGUGAGGGUCUCAGGAGUGACAACUGUAAAUUAAAAGAACUGGGGCUGAGGUUUAAUGGGAUCAGUGGGAGUGAGGAGAGGAAUCUGAGGUCAGUAGAGGAUGAGCUGAGGAGGUCUGGACGUCAGCUGAUUAUCAAUACAUGAGAAGACCUGCAGUGGUGAUCAGACAGACCCCUGUCAGUGACGGAGCCCCCCAUCCACUCUCGCUAAAUUCUCAUCUUUCUUCCUUUUCUUCUCCUCUCAGCUCUGCUCCUCAUUUAAUAAACUCUCCGUGUCCCCUUAGCCUGUGUGCGCCUCCUUUAACGUCACUUUU